CAUUUUAUUCCUAUGGAAACGCUGCACUGACUGGCAGAGGUGAGCGGAGGAAAAGGUGGCGGCGCUUUUGGAUGCGCAACGGAUACCCAGCUUUCUUCACUCAGUGUCAAAAGCGCGGAAACAACCAGACGUAAUUUCUUCAAAGUGCCUCAGAAUUUCCCUUUUGAGUCUGAUUUAUUUAAAAAAGGAGCCUUGCAAAAAGUGAAGAUGCCCCUGGCACAACUAGUUGACCCUUGGAGAAAGAUGGCAAUCGGGAGUGCGGCGAGCGAGACGGAGCCCCAUCAUGUCUUGGAGGACUCAAUGGGAGAAGAGGAAAAUCUAUCAUGUCAAGAAGAAGUGUCUGUUAAAGAGAUCAACAUCACACAUCUUGUUAAAGAGGGCUCAGAGAAGGCCGACCCACAGCAGUUUGAGCUCCGUAAAGUGCUCGGACAAGGCUCUUUUGGAAAGGUGUUUUUGGUGAAGAAAACAACAGGGCCGGAUGCAGGACAGCUGUAUGCAAUGAAAGUGCUGAAAAAAGCAACCCUGAAAGUACGGGAUCAGGUCCGGACUAAGAUGGAGCGGGACAUCCUGGUGGAGGUUAAUCAUCCCUUUAUUGUUAAGCUACACUAUGCAUUCCAGACCGAAGGAAAGCUUUAUCUGAUUCUGGACUUCUUAAGAGGAGGCGAUCUCUUUACUCGACUGUCAAAAGAGGUGAUGUUCACUGAAGAGGAUGUGAAGUUUUAUUUGGCCGAACUGGCUUUGGCUCUGGAUCAUCUGCAUGGACUGGGCAUCAUUUACAGAGAUCUGAAACCAGAGAACAUUCUCCUGGACGAGGACGGCCACAUAAAGCUGACAGACUUUGGGCUCAGCAAAGAGUCGAUCGAUCAUGAGAAUAAGGCUUACUCUUUCUGUGGGACGGUUGAGUACAUGGCUCCAGAGGUGGUGAAUCGAAGAGGACACACAUACAGCGCUGACUGGUGGUCUUAUGGCGUACUCAUGUAUGAAAUGCUGACAGGAACGCUGCCAUUCCAAGGCAAGGACCGCAAGGAAACCAUGACCAUGAUCCUAAAGGCGAAGCUUGGGAUGCCUCAGUUUUUAAGUUCAGAAGCUCAGAGUCUCCUCAGGAGCCUUUUCAAACGAAACCCUACUAAUAGAUUAGGUGCUGGUCCAGAUGGAGUUGAAGAGAUAAAGAGACACCCAUUUUAUGUUUCUAUUGACUGGAAUAAAUUAUUUAGAAGAGAAAGUCACCCACCCUUCAAACCAGCCACUGGCAGACCAGACGACACAUUCUACUUCGACCCAGAAUUUACCGCAAAAACUCCCAAAGAUUCUCCAGGUGUACCUCCUAGUGCCAAUGCCAAUCGACUUUUUAGAGGGUUUAGUUUUGUGGCCAUCACUUCAGAAGAAGAAUCUCAAUCCCUGCCGAGCAACAGCAUGUCAUCUAUAGUUCAGCAGCUCCACCGAAACGUGUCUCAGUUUAGUGACGCAUAUGAGGUGAAGGAGGAUAUCGGCAUCGGCGCUUAUUCCAUCUGCAAACGCUGCAUUCAGAAAAGCACAAUGAUGGAGUAUGCAGUGAAGGUGUAUGAUGAUGGCCGCACUGUGUAUCUGGUGACGGAGCUGCUGAAAGGAGGCGAACUGCUGGAUAAAAUCCUCAGACAGAAGUUCUUCUCGGAGCGGGAGGCCUGUGCUGUGCUCCACACCAUCACCAAAACUGUGGCGUACCUGCACGCUCAAGGCGUGGUUCACAGGGAUUUAAAGCCCAGUAACAUCCUUUAUGUUGAUGAAUCUGGGAAUCCCGAGUCCAUCCGUAUCUGUGACUUCGGCUUUGCAAAGCAGCUAAGAGCAGAAAAUGGACUUCUGAUGACGCCCUGUUAUACUGCCAACUUUGUGGCCCCAGAGGUGCUGAAGAAACAGGGCUAUGAUGCGGCCUGUGACAUCUGGAGUCUAGGUGUCCUUCUCUACACAAUGUUAACUGGAUUUACUCCAUUUGCUAAUGGCCCCGAGGAUACGCCGGAGGAGAUUCUGGCUAGAAUCGGCAGCGGACAGUUUUCCCUCACAGGAGGAUUUUGGAACUCUGUUUCUUGUCAGGCAAAGGAUCUGGUAUCAAAGAUGUUGCAUGUAGACCCUCAUCAGAGACUCACUGCUGCACAGGUUUUAAAGCAUCCCUGGAUCACUCACAAAGACAAGCUCCCCAAUUACCAGCUUAAUAGACAGGACGCCCCACAUCUGGUUAAGGGGGCGAUGGCUGCCACAUUCUCUGCUUUGAACAGAAACAUUCCUCCUGUACUGGAGCCUGUCGGCUGUUCAAUACUCGCUCAGCGCAGAGGAGUGAAAAAACUGACUUCCACUGCCUUAUGAGCAGGAAAACCCUUCCACCUCCAACCCCGUGACCUCCAGCUCGGUCUGAGCACAGCCUGAAUUGGGCUUGCUUGCUGCCUACAGUACCUUGCGUCCAGGCCUUAGAGCCGAGUGUAGAUUCUGAGGACCCCUGGUGGACAACCCAAAUCUUCCUUCACUGGUCACUGCGACUUCAAGCCUCCAAACGCAGGUCAAUGAAGCCUUUUUUCCAAGGAGCAAAUCAUCCGAUCGUAUCAAGAGAAACAAACCAGAUCUCAGUCUUUAUUAAAAGCUACCACAUUAUUUUAGAAGAUGAUGACCAACUCUUGCGCCAAAUCGUGCAUCAAGCUGCAAAAAGCUCCAGUUCUAUGGGGACAUGUGUGUUCGUGUUUAAUAUUCAGAUUCUGUUCCAUUGUUCUCAAUUAUUUUACAUCAAGAUUGUAUUUAACGAGAGAAUAUUUUGACAUAUUCACUCACUCUAAAGUUGUUCCAAAUCUGUAGGAGUUUCCAUUUGCUUCAUCUUUUGUUGAGGAUAAAACAAAGUGUUUAGAAGAAUGUGGGUGUCCAGGCAUUUAAUGGUCCCCUUUAAUGUCCAUAGUAUGGAUAAAACAUAUGAUUGUGACAUACUGAUUUGGAGCUACUUUAGAGUGAGUAAAGGAUUAUUAUAGAACAGAUUCCACAACGAAAGACGCUCCAAACCAUUAUAGAUGUGGUGUGUUAAAUAAAAGGCUGCAUGCAUCCACCACAGAAUUUUGAAAAUCAGAAAGAAAGAAAAGACUUGAUGCAAUUUUUAGUCUCACUGUUACGAGUUGUUCAAACAGAACUCCGAAUUGAGAGUCAGAAUUAAAAACAGUUUACAAAUUUAUUUCUCAAAAA